AUGGAAGAAGCAGAGGACAAAUUGUCAAAUCUACCAAAAUUCAUUCUUCACAACAUACUAUCAAGGCUACUAUCGGAAGAUGCUGCUAGGACAAGUGUUUUGUCAAAGACUUGGUUAGAUACAUGGUAUACUUUUCCCUACUUAUGUUUUUGCGAAUCUGAUUUCAUAACAGAGAUACAACCAACGGAAGAUAUACCUAGGAAGAGUAAGGACUUCAUUGAAUAUGUAAAGAGCAGAUUAUUAUGGUUUUGGGACCGAAGGUUGGCCAUCAAAGAAUUUUACUUUGCAAUAAGAGAUCUUCGCUGCAUGCCAAAUGAUCUUGAUCUUUGCUUGAAGUUGGUCGGUGAAAGUGGUGUUGAAAUUUUAAGUAUUUGUUUGCCUAAAUAUAGUUCCAUGAUCAGCCAAGAUGAGAAAGGUGGUCGGGGCGAAUGUUAUUAUGUCCUACCGAAGGGUGUAAUUGAAAUAAAAUCACUUACCAAGUUGAUGUUUAAAGGGGGUAUUAGAGUCGAUCAAGCAUUCAUGAAUCAUUCAAUUAAGUCGUUUUUUUCGUUGAGAGAAUUACAUUUGUUGGAAGUCGUUUUGAAAGAUGAACAAGCAAUCGAGUGCCUCAUUUCUUGUUGUCCUUUGAUUGAAGUUAUAACUUUGAUGCUUUUAAGUGGCAGUAUGAAGUCUUUGAGCAUUCAUGGUCUAAAAAAGCUCAACACGGUUUAUGUUGAUGGAAUAAAAGAGGUUUAUAUCGAUGAAUCUAAUUCGAGUCUUAAGAGUUUAUAUUAUUGCCAUGAUUAUUUGAGCAUUCCAAUAUUUAAGAUUGACUUUAUUCAGUGCUGCAAAUAUUUGAAAGAGUUACUCUUGUCUUUGUAUGAUACUACUAUCAUCACAGAAAAAUGGUUUCUUGAAAUAUUACCAAAAUUUCCAUUUCUUGAGACGUUGGAGAUAUGGAAUUGCAUACUGUCUGAGACGAUUAAUAUUUCAAGUGUUCAACUUAAAUAUUUAAGUGUAUCAGAUUGCUCUAAUUUGAAGGUGGUCAACAUUGAUGCUCCAAAUCUAUUGACAUGUAACUUAAAAGGUUUUAUUGGCUCAAAACCUAUUAUAUCUUUUUUAAACAAUAUUUCUACUCAACUACAACUCCGUCUUAGUAUCUCGAUUUAUGAUUUUGAUAUUUUUUACGUGAGGGAACUUCUCCAAAAUAUCAAACCCCAAAAUGUUUUUAUAUCACUAUCUCUAUCCAUCUCUUGUUCUGAGGGUGCACCAAGACCGGUGUUCUUGGAUAUUCCAUCCCCUCCACCAAGUAUCAAGCAUUUGGACUUAGACAUUGAGAUUCAUUCAGAAAUAAAUGAAACUUUGUAUUCAGAUAUUGCAGAUUUUUUACUUUUGUGUUUCGUACCUGAAUAUAUAUCUUGGAAUAAUAUAUAUAACUUGGAAACCAAACAAUUCGUUGAGUUUUUUUUUGAAACGCUAAGGAGAAAAAAAGAUGUUACUAAAUGUUGCUGGCGUGACUUGAAAGAAGCCAAAGUUGAAGUCACUAGAUUUAUAAUAGAUGAUGGGACCAUGUUAAAAUCGUUGCCAAAUUAUUCGACUCGAGGAAAUAUUAUCUUUAUGAAAGAUAUGUAA